AUGGCCGACAGUGAGUGUUCGACCCAAGCCACCUUCAGGAACGAUGACGGGAAAUUGGGAAUCAGAGCCUUGUCACCACCUUUGUUGGAGCGGGGAUCAUGGCCGGCGAGGGGAAGGCGAAGAUUGGAUGGUCCCGAUAAAGUGAGUCGGGCUCGCAGCGAGGGAUUAGAAGAUGGACUCUUCAGCCUUUGGCCAUAG